AUGCAUUUUUCUUCUGCAUGCCUUUCUGUGCUGUUCACUGGCUUCCUCAAAUAUGCAUGGCUGUACGAAGUGAGGUUUAUUUCACCGCAUGGCUUCUAUCUACACCAGAAUUUGCAAGGAAAAAAACUGUUGACUGAUAAUGUUUCUUCUGGUUUUGAAAAAGCCUAUCAUUUGGGCCAAGAGGAGACCGAUUGGUUUGAAAAGCCUCGGGAAGCCCGGUCCGACCGUUCGAGGCAUCACAGAGGUGGAAGUCAGUCAUCCUCAGGUAGGCGCACGAAGCAUACCUACCAUGACUAUGACGAGCCACCAGAGGAGUACGCUCACCAGGAUGACAACCAUCAACGCCAUUCCUCCUCGACAUCGUCACGCGACCCGCGCUAUCACGGCAACAGCUCCGGGAGGCACAACUCUUCUCGACACGCCUCAGAAGAUCCCAGGUCCUCUCGUUCUACCAGGGCACACCCCAAAGACGCAUCAGGAAGAUCCGACGGCAGGGGCACUUCUUCUGGCCAGAGGAGGGGCGGCCCGGACUCCCGUUCUACCCAAGGAAGCCCCCGGAACUCAGGAGACUUCUCCCGUGACUCGGCUGCCGGUCAACACGGCACUGGGGGGCGGGGCCAGAGGCAGCCAGGAGAGCGCACAAGAAGGCAGGAUCCCUCGGCUGCAGGUUACAAGAUGCAGCAGCAGCAGCAGCAGCAGGGCCACUCUGGGCAACAGCGUUCAAGUGGUCAAAGCCAGUCGGGGAUACAUCCAGGCUCUGAAGCGCUUGAUGGUACUCAACAAGCCCAGCAGCAGCAGCAGCAAAGUACACAACAACAACAACAGCAGCAGCAGCAGCACAGUCAGCCCACUCCUAGCGCCCACCCAACAACUACUGCAGGAACGGCACCACCGCAGCUGCAGACAUCCAAACCGACGCAAGCACAGACAAUGGGACAGCCAUCGGGAGGAGGCUCUGCUGCAGGGCAGCCGGCAAGUGCAGCGGUAAAAAUGGAUUCCACACCGUCAGCAGGUUCAAUAGGAACAAAACCUACAAUGGCCGUCCCGACCAUACCUCAGACGACCAAAACGGCUCCACCCCCACUAACAGGCAUUGGAUCGAAAGCUGCCCCCGUCGGGAUCGGCAGCAAAGCCGGCGGAAUCGGCAGCGCUGCGGCUGGACAGGCACCACCUGCCGAAGGGGAAAACGUUCUGACCAAAAUCCUACAAGGAGGCGCAGCGGAGCAGGCGGGAAAACUGGGAGACGCUUUGUCUGGCCUUGGGAAGAAAUUCACUUCAUUCUUUUGAAUCGAAGAGAAGAGGGGUCUUCAGAGUCCCACCAAUUCAAAAUGAGACGCUUUGUACCGGAAAAACCUAUGAAAUUAUAUUUGUUCCAUUUUACCAUCGCGGAGGAUGUUCAGCGAGCGAGAGAGAUCCGAAGAGCAUCAGAGGACAAUAAUGCGUUGGAAGAGGGAGGCUGAAGGAGGACUCUCUUGUUGUGCUUCUCCUCCGCCUCCUGGGCUGGGAAAGAAAGUCAAAGGCCCAUCUGGCUGUUCCCCAAUCGAGGAAAAGCCUCGGUGCGCCCUCUACUGGACAUUCGUCAUGUCUGAGGAUUCCACAUCUGGCAAGGAUAGUUUGAUUCCACGUUGAUGCCGAUUCUUAAAAGCUCGUCAUAGGUUUUUCUGGUACCAAAAGAACUUGCUUUCUCCGAUCUCUACAUUCCAGUCUGGGAACGUGACCCCCCCCCGCCCCCUCACCCUCACCCUCCGUCUUUUGAAUGUGUUCUUACUUCUCGUCGUUUUUUCUUUCCUUAUCGUGUCUCUACUUAAAUGCAUUGUGUAAAUGUGUACAUGCACGCACAAGUAUAUGGAAGAGGGGGGGGGUGGUUAGAAAAAGAAAUCCACACGUGUACUUUUCCAUUCGUUUUCUUUUUUGUUGUUGUUGUUUUUUUUUUUGAAAGAAAUUACUGCCAGUGUGCCCAUAAAGUGUGAGAUUCACACAGAUGAGAGGACCAAACGAAAGAGAGGCAGACGUUUUAUAUUUUGCCAUCACGUAACGCCAUCGUUAUUGUCUGCGUGGAGCUUUCACGACUCAUAUUUGAGUUCCUUUUCAAUUUGCCUCAUAUUCACUGAUUGGAAGAGCCUUACUCGGAACGUGUUUUUUUUUUUCAUUUGUUUUUUUGUUUUUCACUUAUAUACCUCGUAUGUUUUUAUCACGAUGCUUUUCUUUGUACCCGGCUGUAUACUACUGUAUGUACAUAAUCUUUCAAGAUGUCAUUAUGUAAAUUUGUCAUUUGUGUAUUUAAGGAAUAACAUUUUUACCUUGAUGUUUUCUUUGGUACGACUUUGUAUUUAAAGCUUUUUUUUUUUUCUUUUUUUCUCGACUGUCAGGUUUUGUUUUGUUUUUUUCCCGCAUCCAAUAAUUUGCUCGGUGACUUUAAAAAAAAAAAAACAACUAAAAAUUAAAAAAAGCAAUAGCAUGCAGAUAACGGUAUAUAGCACAAUGGUGUAAAUGUCGUGUACGUUAGUGACGGGCAACUAUCCGGCGCUUAUUGUUGUGCAGUUUGUCGAACGGUUUACAAACCAUCGUACCGGACGUGCAUGCGUGUUAGGUGCAGAUGCAAAUAAGAGCAUGCGAGAGUGGCAGGAACACAUACAGACAGACGCACAUUUUUUUUUUUUUUUUUUUUUUGCCAUCCCAGAGUUCCUUUGUGCUCUCUCAACAAUCUUUCGAACAAGCUGGGCCCACUGCCUCCCCCUCCCCUCCCGCACACACACACACACACACACACACACACACAAAGAGUAGAUGAGCAAUUCAAAAUGUUCUAUGCAAAGACUCCUUUUUUUUUUUUUUGUUUUGAACCUGGUCGUGACGUCAUAGCGGGAAAACAACAACACAAUUAUGAAUUGACACAGCCUGUCUGUAUGAAUCUGACUGUUGGAGUGGAUUUGUUUUGAUUUCUCCGUCGCAUGUUUCUUGAGCUGUCGCCCCCACGCCCCCCCCCCCCAUC